AAAAGGCUUGAGUAAGCUCGUGCACUAUAAAAACCCCUCUUAGAGAGAGACAGGCAGAGAAACAGACAGAGAGACAGACAGAGAGAGAGUGAGAGAGAGAGAGAGAAAGAGAGAGACAGGACAAGGCUGGAGUUCUUCCACUGCAGCGUGUGAACAGCAGCAGCUUCUUCUGUUUUUAUACACUCUUUCAUAUAAAUAUAUAUAGAUUUUAGUUGUGUCUGUUCUCGGGGUCGGUGCAGAGAUGUUGCCCGGCGUUAUUGCUCCUCCCGCCAUGUAUCCCAACCUGCUGUCUCUGCCGCGGACUUUGCGCUCGGCCUUCACGGCGCCGUCCAGCUUCCGGGUGGAGGACCUGCUGCGCAUCGGGCGCGAGACCUUCCCGCCUCCGCUUCCGCCGCCCGCGAGCCCCAGCUCCCCCGAGACCGCGCGCGCUUCCUCCUGUACCGACAGGAGCAGCUCACCGCCGCAGACCACCGCCAUCAGCACGACCACACACACCCACACACACACACACACCGAGCCCGGAUACCUGAAGUUCGGGGUGAACGCCAUUCUUGCACCAGAUACCAGAAACGCAUCGUCUCCACCUGCACUGCAUGGCAUGAGCCCUAAACACUUUCCCUUGCCCUACUUCGACGCGUCAUUCCAUCCGUUCAUCAGAGCUGCCUAUUUUCCCGCUUCAAACUCAGUGGUUCCUAUACCGGGAACCUUCUCAUGGCCACUUUCGGCAAGGGGAAAGCCGAGGAGAGGCAUGCUGAGGCGGGCCGUGUUUUCCGACGUGCAGCGCAAAGCUUUGGAGAAAAUGUUUCAGAAGCAGAAGUACAUCAGCAAACCGGACAGGAAGAAGCUAGCCGCGAAACUCGGCCUGAAAGACUCUCAGGUAAAAAUAUGGUUCCAAAACCGAAGAAUGAAAUGGCGGAAUUCCAAAGAGAGGGAACUUUUGUCUUCAGGUGGCUGUCGAGAACAAACUCUGCCAACGAAGACAAACCCUAACCCAGAUCUCAGCGACGUUGGGAUAAAGUACGAGAAUCUCGACAGAGACAGCCCACAUGGUGCUUUCUACCAUCCUCACAUAGGCAAAGAUCUCGAAAACGGCUCCGAUUCACUCCUCACGUCUCCGUCACACUCCAGCAAGAACUCAGACUCAUCAGAUGAUGAAGAAAUCACCGUAUCGUAGCCACACAAAAAAACAAAAAAAAAAACAGACUGUGAUUUGUGUCGAAUUAAUCCUCAGUUCCAAAUGGGAAAGAUCUUACAGGGGGGUUAGACUGAAUCAAAUUGAGAGACAUUCAACCCUUGUUGAAAAGUUUUGGCACCCAUGAGCAGAUGGCUAAAUAAAUGUCAUGCAUCAAUGUUAAGAUUUAAGAAUAUCUUUAAAAUGUUAAAGUGAUAAAACCAUGAGAGAUGUGUUUGCUGAUCUGGCAGAAUCAUUUUUUCGUUGCUGGCUUAAUUUGCAGUGCAGUCUACAGAUUAGGGUUUGCAUUUGUCCCAUACAUUUAAGAUCUUGCACAAGAUGUGAUUAGGUGACAAUGGGAGGACUUAGAAAAAUUAGUGUACUUCAUAGUGAAUCAGAGACACAUCCAUGUUACCAAUGAACAGCUAUUAAUUAGCUAUAUCUUUACACUAUACGGAAAUUAACAUGAUGGAAAAAAGAAAACAAAAAGAUGAAUAUACAUUAAACAUUCAGGCUACUAAUUUAAUGGCCUUUACUGUGGCUGCGUUUUUUGCAGCCGUAACAUUUUGUAUACUACUUUGUAUGAAUAUAUUUGGAAUAUUUUGUAUGGAACGUUUUAUAGCCGAACAAGAUUCAUGCCUUUCCUGCUGAUAUUUUUUUCCUGUUUAGAUUUUCCAUGUUUAAUCUAAACUAUGUAGAUGCUAAAUGUAUAACUUAAAAGUCAUAUAUUAUUUUGUAUGUUGAUGUUUGUAAGGAUGAAAUGUAUAUACUUGGGGAAAAAAUAUUUUUGCAUAUUAAAAUCCAAAGGGAAUGAGGUUGGGUUUUUUCUUGAACAUCUCUCAAAUCACUUCAAGAACACAUAAUAAAAAUGAUAAUAGCAUAGUGGGUAUUUUGACACAAAAUACUACACAAUAAAUCUUUUAAACAACAAAAUAGCCAAAACAUUGUAUGUAUUUUUGAGCAAAUUGGCAAAAAAAAAAAAUAAAUCAAAUUAAAUUAUAUGCAAAUAUAAAUGGGCAGAAUCAAAUUAGGCUUGGGCAAAUGACAACAUUUCUUUUUAAAAUAUUUUAAUCAAAUAGGUCUAAGCAUGGGACAGCUUCCCUGGUUAGUUAGAUGAGGAAUAUUUGAUAGACCUUUAUGUUUUAUUUGUUGAUUUUAUUUGAAACAAAUCAUAAAUCAGCACUCUAAAGACUUCAGAUAGGAAAAUGAAGCAUAGAAUAUCAUUCACAUCCUUAUGAAUAUGAGAUGGGUCCCAAAAAUGUUUCCCAAAAGCCUUGAUCAGUCAUCAGGAUUCUGAUCAUGUGGUGCUUAAUUAUAUGUUUAUAUAGGGAUGGAACUGUGUAAUAACCACACACCCCAAUAUUACAGGUGUC